AUGGGAAACUAUCAACAUCUCCUGCUGCUGAUCCUUGGGGUUUUUUGGCUAACAAUAUCUCUACCUUGUUCAGUAUCAUCAACCACUAGACGUUUUGAAUUUAAUGUUAAAUGGAAGAAUGUUAAACGUUUGUGCUACACAAAGUCGAUCCUCACAGUUAAUGGAGAAUAUCCAGGGCCAACUAUUAUAGUUCAUGAAGGUGAUCAUGUUCAAGUGAAGGUUACCAACCAAGUUGCUAUGAACACCACCAUCCAUUGGCAUGGAAUAAGGCAAUAUAGGAGUGGAUGGGCAGAUGGACCUGCAUACAUAACUCAAUGCCCGAUUGGAUUUGGUAAAUCCUACACAUACAAAUUCACAAUAGUUGAUCAGAGAGGAACUCUUUGGUGGCAUGCGCAUUUUUCUUGGCAACGAGCGACCGUCAAUGGGGCUUUCAUGAUUUACCCUCGCAUGCCUUACCCUUUCUCCCUUCCAGUUCAGGAUGAGAUUCCAAUCAUCUUUGGUGAGUGGUGGAAUUCAAAUGUGAUGUCAAUAGAAGAUGAAAUGAUUUUGACCGGGGACGGUCCUAUUUCUUCAGAUGCAUACACCAUCAACGGUUUACCAGGACCAUUGUAUUCAUGCUCUCUAAAAGAUACAUUCAUACGGACAGUGGAAUAUGGAAAAACAUAUUUACUGAGGAUAAUCAAUGCAGCACUCAACGACGAACUGUUCUUCGCGGUGGCAAAUCACAGUUUGACGGUGGUAGAAAUUGAUGCAGUUUAUACAAAACCCUUUACCACAAAUGCCAUAAUGAUCGCCCCAGGACAAACCACCAAUGUGUUGCUCACUGCAAAUCAGAACCCGGAUUCCACCCGAAUGUUUGUUAUGGCCGCAAGGCCUUAUCUGACCUCAGUUUUCCCCUUCAACAAUUCCACCACAAUUGGCUUCCUAAGAUACAAAACCACAGAAACAGAAACAAAGCCACCUUAUUAUAAUAGUACCAAAUUACCAAAAAAUCUCCCUGCCAUGGAGGACACCAAUUUUGCAACCAAUUUCGCAAAUCAACUUAAAAGCCUAGCAUCUUUUCAGUACCCUUGUAAAGUGCCUAAAAAGGUCCAGAAACAAGUGAUCACAACCAUAAGCCUGAAUCUACAAGAUUGCCCUGCUAAUGAAACCUGUAAAGGGUAUCUUAACAAAAGGUUCUCAGCAUCAAUGAACAAUCAAUCCUUCAUCCGGCCUUCCAUUUCAAUCCUGGAGAGUCAUUACAAGAGCCUCAAAUCAGAUGUUCUGUUUUCAGGUUUCCCUGAAAAUCCUCCAUUUCCUUUUAAUUAUACUGGGGUGGAUCCAGUGAAGGAGAACUUGAACACACAAUUUGGUUCAAGAAUGAUAGUCGUACCUUAUGGGACAACGCUGGAAAUUGUGUUACAAGACACCAAUUUCCUGAAUCCAGAGAACCAUCCUAUUCAUAUUCAUGGUCACAAUUUUUUCAUUGUGGGCAGGGGAUUUGGGAAUUAUGACCCGGAAAAGGAUCCUUUAAGUUACAAUCUGGUGGAUCCGCCGGAGAGGAAUACGGUGGCAGUUCCAGUGGGAGGAUGGGCUGCACUCAGAAUCAAUGCGGAUAAUCCAGGGGUUUGGUUCAUACAUUGUCAUCUUGAAGAACACACAACUUGGGGUUUAGCCACGGGUUUGAUUGUCUUAGGUGGGAAUCAUCCUUCUCAAAACUUGCUUCUUCCUCCUCCUGAUUUUCCAACAUGCUAG